AACUAACUAGUUUAUCAACUAGGCGGCCUUAGUAAUAAAGCUUGAUUUCCCUCAUGUGGGAUGCCGGCGAAACCGGGUAUAAAGCGCCUGGAGAUCACCAUUCCACUUCCUCCAAACAGAAACAGCAUCUAUACCAUCACAUACUAUUCUCCAGUCAGCCGAAACAACAUUCACCCCCACCCUCCUCCUUUAUAAAGAGAAGCAUCACGAUGCCGUUCGCCACCGCCCCCGACCAGCAAGAAAUCUACUACGAAACCCACGGCCCCGCCACCAGCCCAACCACCCUCGUCUUCGUGUCCGGCUACUUCGGGAUCACCGCCAUCUGGCAGCCACUGAUCACCCGCCUCUCCUCCAAAGGGUACCGAUGCAUCGCGCACGACAGCCGGGGAUACGGCCGCUCCGCCAAGCCUACCGCUGAAAGCGCGUACAGCAUCCCCCGCCAUGCAGAGGACGUGCACGCCGUCCUCGCUGCCGCCGAUAUCCCCACCACAACGAAAGUGGUGCUAGUGACCCACUCGAUGGGCGGGAACAUCGGGGCAGCGUAUUACCUCGCCCACCCGGAGCGGGUGGCCGGGCUGAUCCAGACGGGCACGUACUAUGAUGGAAGCCGUAUCCAGGCGACCUUGAGCUACGAAGCUCUUACCGCCGGUGUCGAGACCCCGAGUAAGUGUGUGGAGUUUUUUACGAAUAUGGGGCUCGAUGAAGCGACUGCGCUGGAGGCCGCGAAGUGGCCUGCUUACUGUCGGAGAUAUAUCGCCAAGGCGUUGUUGGGGUGGGAGAUCGGGGGUCGGUAUGCAGACCUCAAGAUUCCGGGGUUGGUGGUGCAGGGGGCGCUGGACCUGGCGACACCGGCUGAGCUGCUGUGUCGGCCGAUGGUGGAGGCGAUGCCGCAGUGUCGGUUGGCGGUGUUGCCCGGGGUGGCGCAUUUCCCGCCGACGGAGGCGCCGGGCGAGCUGGAGCGGUUGGUGGUCGAGUUUGUGCGGGGGUUGUGAGCUUGGGUUUUGGUUUGGGAGGGAUACUGCGUCUUUUACACUGUGUUCUGCUUAACAUAUUUUGUUUUGAAGGGCGGGCGGGGGCGCGAGGUGAAGAGAUGAUCUCUGGCCUUGCGAGAUAGAGAAUCUAAG